AUGCUCCUCUGUGGUGCAAAAUCCAAGCUUCAGCCCUUUGGGGAAAGCUACAGCUUCUCCAGUGACCUGCUGCCGUCUCUGGGAGCGAAUAUUAACCAGUCGAUCAAGCUGAGGAGGUUCAUAGUGUCGCCCUUUGAUUCUCGUUACAGAGCUUGGCAGAUGUUCCUGAUCCUACUCGUCGUUUAUUCUGCUUGGAUCUGUCCGUUCGAACUAGCAUUCAUGAGGCAUUUGCCGGCGAAGCUUUUCUGGGUCGAGAGCAUCCUCAACAGUUUCUUCGCGGUCGAUAUUGUACUCACCUUCUUCGUCGCAUACCUUGACCGGAGAUCGUACGUCUUGAUCGACGAUCCGAAGAAAAUCGCAGUCAGAUAUGUAUCCUCGUGGUUCAUCUUCGACAUCUUGUCGACCGCUCCAUUCGAAGCGAUCAGCCUUCUCUUCCGAGGCGACGGCAAUGAUCUCGGUUUCAAAACGCUGAACAUGCUGCGAUUGUGGCGGCUCCGCCGGGUCAGUUCUCUCUUUUCGAGGCUUGAGAAGGACAUCAGGUUCAACUACUUCUGGACGCGAUGCACAAAGCUGGUGUUAGUAACUCUCUUCGCCGUGCACUACGCUGGAUGCUUCAAUUAUCUCAUUGCCGACCGGUACCCUAAUCCCGAAAGAACAUGGAUAGGUGCAGUCAUGCCGAGCUUUAAAUCUGAAAGUCUAUGGGUUAGAUAUGUAACUGCAAUUUACUGGUCCAUUACGACGCUGACAACAACCGGUUAUGGUGACUUGCAUGCUGAAAACACCAGAGAAAUGCUAUUUGACAUCUUCUACAUGUUGUUUAACUUGGGGCUGACAGCUUACCUCAUCGGCAACAUGACGAACCUCGUCGUCCAUGGAACCAGCCGCACCCGACACUUCAGGGACACGAUUGAGGCAGCUUCAGAAUUCGCAGCAAGAAAUCAUCUGCCGAAGCGCAUCAAGGACCAAAUGCUCUCCCACAUAUGCUUGAGAUUCAAGACGCAGGGGCUGAAGCUGCAAGACCCCUUGAAUGAUCUUCCCAAGGGCAUUCGUUCCAGCAUAGCGAAUAAGCUCUUCUUUCCGAUUUUACGACAAGCCUACCUUUUCCGUGGAGUUUCCUUCAACUUCCUUCAUCAACUGGUAACAGAGACGCAGGCCGAGUAUUUCCCACCACGGGAAGAUGUGAUGCUACAAAACGAGGCGCCAACCGAUCUGUACAUAAUAGUGACAGGAGCUGUGGACUUGAGAUCAAAUGUUGAUGGGAAUGAACAAGUUCAUGGAAGGCUAGGAGCAGGGGAAGUGUUUGGGGAGAUGGGGGUCUUAUGCUGCAGCCCACAGCCAUUCACUGCACGAACCGUCGAACUAACACAAGUAUUAAGGUUGAGCAGCACCACAGUGAUGAACUUGAUUAAAGAGAACGUCGAAGACGCGAACACGGUUAUGAACAAUCUUUUAGAGAAAAUAAAACUACAACAACUAUCAGCUGCUGGAGUAGAGGAACAGAGCUUUGUUUCUUGCAAGGAGUCUUACAAAGUCCAAACGGAAGAAUCAUGGGAAGCCAGUUCGAUCGACGAUAGCAGCGUGCAGAUGCCUAGAAAAAGAGUCGUCGUUCAUAUUCUUUCAAGAAAGACAAGAAGUUCAAAGGAAGAACUAGGGAAGCUCAUAAACCUGCCUGGUUCUUUGGAGGACCUCUUCGAGAUUGCUAGAGAAAAGUUCACUGGUCAUCAGCCUACAAAGGUGCUCAAUCAAGAGAAUGCAGAAAUAGAUGACAUUAGAGUUAUUCGAGAUGGAGACCAUUUGUUUCUUCUAGAGGAGGAAGAUCGUGAUCAUUGUGUUUGACCUUUGGCAAAGUGGUGAUCACAUACAUCAAGUUUAUCACUAACAUCAACAUGUAGC